CAGGGAGAAGCCACUCCAUCUUUCUUUUUUUCCUUUUCCUUUUCCUUUCUUCUUCUUCUUCUUCUCCUCCUCAUUCUGAUCUGGAGCAAUGGCGACCGAAGACGAAGCACGAGAAGCAGCAGAUGGGAUGGAAGUCCAAGUGGAAGCUGUGGAUUUAGGAUCAGCCCAUUUUCAUGCACACCCAGAAGUCAAGCUUUCGACAAUCAUGGGGAUCAAGAACGUGGGAGAAAUCAUCAAUUCCACUGAAGGAACGUUGAAGAUUCCAGAGGAUCAAGUUUUAGUAGAAGCACCCUCUGAAGUCGCACUUCCUCCAGAACAUAACCUAAAUGGCAAAGCAUCUUCUCUGAAUGGUCAUGUGGACAUAGAAGAGAAGAUUUCAAAUGCGCAGCCGCAUGAAAACAAUCAUGAAGAAGCAGAACUAGAUGGGACAAGUGCCCAUCAGAGCAAUGGAAUCAGUAAAGAAGAGAUGACUGAUGGUUUAAGCCAUAUAGAAAGCACAACAGAAGAUAGAAGCCUUCUGAAGCAUGAGAAAGAUGAAGAACCUAGGUAUGAGCAGCAAGAUUCAGGUGUUACAGUGGCUGAUGACUUGGUGCAGGAAGACACAUUGAAAACUGACAGUUCUAUUGAGCAAACAGAUGAUGAUCAACAUGAUCAGAAUCAGGAACCAGAAAAGACAAACGAGGACACACAACCAUCAAGCAUUGCAAACAAUGCUGAUAUUGAGGAAGCUGAGGCAUCUACUGGUCUCCAAACUCUUGUGGAGCCACAUCUGGAUGAUUCUGGUUCUGUUCCAGGAACUAUUGAUGAAAAGAUGGAAACAGAGGAACCAGCUAAUGCAGACGGUGUUAUUCAUCCUGACCACAAAGAGAGCUUUCCAGAAGAUACAUCUAUUGCAGGACCCACAGAAGAGGUGGUCAAAGUAGAUCAACAGAGUCAGCAAGCUGAUGUGAUGGAUGCAGAUGCAGUCCAGGAAGAGAUGCUUAAAUGUGAGGAAACCCAUGUGCAGGAAGAGGUGCCUAAAUCAGAUGCUCAUGAGCCAACGACCAAUACUCAAGAAAUGCUGAAUAAAGAGUCUGCUGAAGAAAUUGGUGACCCAAUGAAUGAAAAAAAUGAAGAAACUGACCCAACGAAGAAAGAAAAUGAAGAAACUGUGCACCAGAGCAACAUGGAAGCUCCAAAGGAGACAAAGCCAGAGCUUGAAACUACAACGAGGGUGCCACCAGCGAAUGUUCAAGUGCAGAACCAUGAACCAUCAGAAGAAAUAGAAGAUGCUGAACCAGUUGAUACUGAAGCAGAGAUGCAACAAAGCAGUGUUGCUUUUGAGGAUGCAAUUCCAGAAGAUCAAUGUAAUUUAGGUGUUGCAAUGGACAACAGCACAGUGCCAGAGGACACAGUGAAAGCUGUUGAGCAAACAGAUGAUGGUCAGCAAGACCAGGAUCUAGAACCAGAAAAGGCAACCGAGGAUACACAACCUGCAAGCAUGGAAAACACUCCUGGUGUUGAGGUUGCAGCUGAAGCACCUUCUGGAGUCCAAACUCCAGUGGAGCCCAAUCUGGACAACUCUGAUGCUGUUCCAGACUCUAUAGAUGGAAUCACAGAAACUGAUGGACCAACUAAAGCAGAUGGUGUCCUUCAUCCUGACCACAAAGAGAGCUUUCCAGAAGAUGCACCUAUUGCAGAACCUACAGAAGAGGUGGUCAAAGUAGAAGAUCAACAGAGCCAGCAAGCUGACGCAAUGGAUGCAGAUGUGGUGCAGGAAGAGGUGCCUAGAUCUGAACACGCUGAGGAGCCAGCAACUGAUGCUCAUGAAGUGCUGAAUGAAGAAUUUACUGAAGAAACUGAUGGCCCGCUGAAUGAAAAGACUGAAGAAACAGCACACCAAAGCAAUAUGGCAGCUCCUGAGGAGAUAACACCAGAAAAUGACACAACAGCAGGGGAGCCACCUGUAAAUAUUCAAGUGCAGAACCAGGAAUCAGUAGAAGAAAUAGAAGAUGCUGAAGCAGAGAUGCAACAAAGCAGUGUUGCUUUUGAGGAUGCAAUUCCAGAAGAUCAAUGUAAUUUAGGUGUUGCAAUGGACAACAGCACAGUGCCAGAGGACACAGUGAAAGCUGUUGAGCAAACAGAUGAUGGUCAGCAAGACCAGGAUCUAGAACCAGAAAAGGCAACCGAGGUUGCAGCUGAAGCACCUUCUGGAGUCCAAACUCCAGUGGAGCCCAAUCUGGACAACUCUGAUGCUGUUCCAGACUCUAUAGAUGGAAUCACAGAAACUGAUGAACCAGCUAAAGCAGAUGGUGUCCUUCAUCCUGACCACAAAGAGAGCUUUCCAGAAGAUGCACCUAUUGCAGAACCUACAGAAGAGGUGGUCAAAGUAGAAGAUCAACAGAGCCAGCAAGCUGACGCAAUGGAUGCAGAUGUGGUGCAGGAAGAGGUGCCUAGAUCUGAACACGCUGAGGAGCCAGCAACUGAUGCUCAUGAAGUGCUGAAUGAAGAAUUUACUGAAGAAACUGAUGGCCCGCUGAAUGAAAAGACUGAAGAAACAGCACACCAAAGCAAUAUGGCAGCUCCUGAGGAGAUAACACCAGAAAAUGACACAACAGCAGGGGAGCCACCUGUAAAUAUUCAAGUGCAGAACCAGGAAUCAGUAGAAGAAAUAGAAGAUGCUGAAGCAGAGAUGCAACAAAGCAGUGUUGCUUUUGAGGAUGCAAUUCCAGAAGAUCAAUGUAAUUUAGGUGUUGCAAUGGACAACAGCACAGUGCCAGAGGACACAGUGAAAGCUGUUGAGCAAACAGAUGAUGGUCAGCAAGACCAGGAUCUAGAACCAGAAAAGGCAACCGAGGUUGCAGCUGAAGCACCUUCUGGAGUCCAAACUCCAGUGGAGCCCAAUCUGGACAACUCUGAUGCUGUUCCAGAUUCUAUAGAUGGAAUCACAGAAACUGAUGAACCAGCUAAAGCAGAUGGUGUCCUUCAUCCUGACCACAAAGAGAGCUUUCCAGAAGAUGCACCUAUUGCAGAACCUACAGAAGAGGUGGUCAAAGUAGAAGAAAAACAGAGCCAGCAAGCUGAUGCAAUGGAUGCAGAUGUGGUGAAGGAACAGGUGCCUAAAUCUGAACACGCUGAUGAGCCAGCAACUGAUGCUCAUGAAGUGCUGAAUGAAGAAUCUACUGAAGAAACUGAUGGCUCGCUGAAUGAAAAGACUGAAGAAACAGCAUAUCAAAGCAACAUGGCAGCUCCUGAGGAGAUAACACCAGAAAAUGACACAACAGCAGGGGAGCCACCUGUAAAUAUUCAAGUGCAGAACCAGGAAUCAGUAGAAGAAAUAGAAGAUGCUGAAGCAGUUGAUACUGAAGCAGAAAUGCAACAAAGCAGUGUUGCUUUUGAGGAGGCAAUUCCAGAAGAUCAAUGUAAUUUAGGCACUACGAUGGAUGGUAACACAGUGCAGGAAGGCAUGCUGGAAGAUAUUAAGCAAACAGAAAAUGAUCAGCAAGACCAGGAUCUAGGACCAGAAAAAGCGACCGAGAACACACAACCCUCAAGCAUUCCUGAUGUUGAGGUUGUAGCUGAAGCACGUUCUGGAGUCCAAACUCCUGCAGGGAUCAAUCUGGACAACUCUGAUGCCAUUCCAGAUACUACAGAUGGAAACACAGAAACCAAUGAAUCAGCUAAAGCAGAAGGUGCUACGGCAACAAGUGAACUAAAAGUGACUGAAACAGAAGAAGAACCGAAGGACAGUGAAGCCACUGAAGCUCAAGAAAUUACGGAACACGGCCAUGUUACUCCUUCUAAGGAACUUUCAGCAGAAGAUGUUUUGAUAGCAGAUGAGCCACAUAAUGAUGAUAUCCAGUCUACCCUUGGACAAGAUUUGGUUGAAGUUAAGGAAACUGUUUUUACUUCAGAGGAGGCAACUGUGAAAGAUAGUGUAACAGUAGAAGAGCCAACAUGUGAUAGUCAAGAAGUAGAUAAUGCAGAAUCAACACAAGAAACUAAGGGAAACACAGCUAAGAAUAUUGCUGAAGUCUCUGAUGUGGUGAUUGUUGAUGAGGCACAGACUGAGGAUAUUGCUGAAACACAUAUGCGGGAGGUAGAACCAGAAGAAACAAAGGACACAGAACCUGUUGAACCAGAGGAAGCUUCUGAUCAGAGGAAUGCUGUUUUAUUCAAUGAUUUAACUCAAGAAGAUACACCGGAAAGUGAGAUGCAGCAGACGGGGUCAGCAACAGAAACCACUGAAACUGAAGCAGCUCCCCAGGAAAGCAGUGACUGUGUUUCAGAGGAGCCUUCUCCAGAAGAACAUAAGAUAGAAAGUGAAACAGAUUGCGACACUCAGGAAGUAAGCAUCACAGAAUCUUUAGAAAUAAGUGGUGACAAAGACAUCAUAACUGAAGGAAUCUCUGGCCAAAGCAGCAUGAUUUCUGCUGGGGAGUUGGCUCAAGAAAACGAUGUCCCUGAAAGCGAGCCAACUGCUGAUAUUCAGCCUGUGCAAGAACCGGAACCAGAAGACAUAAAGAAUACCGAACGUGUGGAAGUGAAGGAAACAUCCCAUGAAAUGAAAACUACUAUCUCUCAGACGCCAGCUGAAGAAGAUAAUCCAGAAACAAUCGAUCUGCAUGAAUCAGAAAGAGGACUGAGCAACACUGAAGCCACAGAAGCAGAAACCCCCGACCAAAGCGACGCUUCUCAAUCAGAGGAGCAAGCACCAGAAGAAAUAGCAAGUGAGCCACAAGUACUGGAACCAGAAACAGUCGAAGAAAUGAGUGACACUGAAGCCAUUGAGCCUCCAAAUGUUUCCCAGGAUAACCUAAUCUCUACCUCCGGGGAGUCUGUCCCAGAAGAAAUUGCAACAGAAGAUAACACAACCACUAAACCAGAUGUUGAUCAUCAACAACUCCAGGAUCAAGAAUCAACCGAUAUCAAGGAAACUGAAGCUGAUAAACCUGAAGGAAUUGCCUCAUCUUGCACUCUUUCUACUUCUGAGCAGUCCACUUCAGAAGACAAUGCAACAACAAUAGAACCAAGGUUUGACACUCAAGAAGAGAAUUCAGAGCCAGCAGAAGUCACUGAGGGCACUGAAAAUGUGAAAAACAGCACUGCUCUUGCUGAGGCAGCAGCUCCAGAAGAACAUGUAGAAAAAGAUGCAACUGCCGAUACGUCACCAGUGCAGGAGCCAGAGCUAGAAGAGACCAAGGAUGCUGAACCGGCUGGAACAGAGGAUAUUAUGACACCAAGGGACUUGCCUGCAGAAAACAAGAACAUGGAAACCAUGGGGACUGAAGCAGUCCCUCAUGAGAGUCAUGUUGAAAGUGUAAAGGAACUCACUGAAGAUGAUGCUGAGCCUGUUCUGGAGCUAGAAUCAGAUGAAGACACGAAGUGCACUGACACAAUGGAAUAUCCAGGAGAGCCCAAUGGUUCUACUUCUGAUGAGCCUACUCCAACAGAAGAAAAUACAACAGUAACAGAGCCAGAUUUUGACACACAGCAAGUGCAGAAUAUGACAUCUCAAGAAAUCAAGAACGGUGAAGAUGCCAAAACAGAUGAAUUCUCAGAUCUCAGUAGCUUUCCUACUCCUGAAGGGGCAGAUCAAGAAAGUAAUUUACCAAGGACUGAAUCACCUACAGAUGUCCAACAAGUGCAAGAACUGGGUUCAACAGAAGAAACCAGAGAUAUUGGAUCUGUGGGAAUUGAAGAUCACCAACAAGUUUCUACCUUUGAGCCAGUAGAUGGUGAGCCCAAUGUUGAUGAUCAGCAGCUGCACGCAGGAGUCAAAGAAAAAGAAGCAAUGGAAACUGAAGAAGUUGUCUGGCAAAAUAAUUUUGCCAGUCAUGUUGAUGCAACUGAAGAAGGGAGUGAGCGGAGAAGUGACCCAGAUUCUUAUGUCCAACCAGCACAGCAGGUGGAAUUAUCCAGAGACAGUGAGAUCAGUCAGCUUGUAAAGGCAGAAGAAACCUCUGGUCAAGUCAAUGCUGUCACCAUUGAAGAAAUACCUACAGAAGACAGUGUUGUGAGUGAAAUUGAACCACCUGUUGAUAUUAAACAAGAGCAUGAACAAGAACCGGUGGAAGAAAUCAAGGGCAUUGAUGCCAAUGAAGCUAAAGAAGAAUUUAUUACAAGCCAAGUUGAUGCAUUAGAAAAACCAGCUUCAGAAGGUAAUAUAGCAUCAAUAGAGCCAACUUCCAAUAUUGAGCAAGAGAAUGAAUUGGAAGCAACAAAAGAAAUUGACGGCAUUGAAGCUAUCAAUGAUGGAGAGCAAGCAGAGAAUGCUACUUUGGAGUACCCAUCUCCAACAGAUAAUGAAACAACACCGGAAGGGCAUCCUGCAGAGUUGAAUGAAGAAACUAUUGGGAAUGAAACUGAUAAUGUAAUGUUGGUUCCUGGACUCAAAGAUGAAAUACAAACGUCAUUGGAACUAAAGGAUGGUGCAUGUGACUUGGGUGAAACUGUUUUAACAACUCAGGGAAGUGAGAAUGUGACUGAUGAAGAUGCUGUUCAAAGUUCUGGUGAUGAUAUACUAGACACUUCAAACAAUAUUGAUCAAUUCAAAGAAGAGCAAAAGGAUGGAUGUGAACAUAAUUCAAGCAAAAUGUCAGGUGCGCAGAAUGAAGAGAACAUAAUUCAUGUUCAAGAUAGAGACAUCAGUGUGGAACUUCUCACAAAAAGAGGCACUGAUGAAGAAGCGUCACAAGCUUUAUUUGAAAGUGAUACCACAGAAGAUGGUGAGAAAAUUAGUGAUCUUAACAGGCAACCUGAUGAUGUAGCACUUCAACUGCAAACAUGUGAGGCAGAUGCUUUAUCCAUUGGGAGACAAGAUGAGGUUGCGCAAAAGGUUGACUUGGAUCAAGAACAGAACGAAGAUGAGCACAUUCAAAGUCAGAAGGAAGAACUCCAGGCAGAUGAACAGAAACAUGAUGACAAGGCGGGUGAUUUCACCACAGAACCACUUGUGGAGCCCGAGGGUAUAAAAAAUGGCAACACAGACAGAACAGAAAACACUGAUGCAUGUGAGGCUGAAGAAACAGAGGCAAUCAUUACUGAAAUUCUCAAGCAUGAAGAAGCCCCACAUGUAUACGAGGAAUCCACCCCAAGCAGUAUGGAUAUGAAGGUUGACUGCAUUAAGGGAACAGAAGAAGAUGCUGAUGCUAAACAUGAUAACAAAGAUGAGGAGGAGAAUGCAGAGAAGGAUGAUAUAGUAGCGAAAAAUUCUACUGACAAACAGGAUGAAACAACUGCUGAAAUUACAAAUGAAGAGCUUGGACCUGGUUUGGCAUCCUCUGCUCAAGAAGCAUCUGACCUGGCUCCUUCAAACGAUGAUAUACUAGAGAAUGACCCUGCAGCUGUUACUCAGAAUUUUGAAUCAGGAGAGCAUAGAGAGGAUAAAGAAUGCACAGGCAAGGUUAAUGAUGAUGUCCACACUAGUCGAGCAGCAGAAAAAGAGAUUGCAGAUGAAAUACAUGACAAUAAAGAAAUUCGAAAUGAAGACAAUGCUAUCCAUCAUGACGAGUCACAGACAAAACCUGAAGAGGAUGUGGCGCCAAAACCUGAAGACAACGCUAAAAUUGAUGAUACAACAACAACUCUAGGCGGAGAAAUAAUCGAUGGUAAUGCAAGUAUAAAGCCCAGAGAAAUUGAAGAGAUAGGAGAAAACAAGGGACUUGAAUCCACUUCCAAUCCUUUUGUAGAAUCAUCCAUACAGAACAAUGUUGAGCAUGACUUGCAUCACAAGGUUGAAGAUGAAAAGCUUUCAAUGGCAGAGCAAAAUGAUGUAGAUAUUGAAGCCAUGCAAGAAAAAGCUGAUGAAUCUGCCUCAGAUAUAAAUCAAAUGAAGCAAUGUCAGGAAGGAAUUAAUACAGAUGAUGUUCAGCAACUUGAAAUAGAAGAAAAUUCAUUUGAUAAGAUUGAUGAAACUAUUUCACAUGAGAAAACAGAGACAAGAACCACUGAAGUAACAAUUAAUGACAAUAUCAUUGAUAAGGCUAGAGGAGGUGAUGGUGGACCAUCUGAUGAAAGUCUCAAAACCUUUAAUGACACUGGAAGGGAUCUUGAUGUUUCAUCUGUAAUUACAGCAUCAAAGGAAGAAAGCAUGAAUGAGAACAUGGAAGACCAUAAGCUUGUUCUUCCUGCACAUACUGCACAGGAUGAAAACACCCCUGAACAGGUGCUCUGGUUAGAGAACGCAGAAAGAGAGAUGCCUUCAUCAGAGAAGCUCCUUCCCACUGAACCAGAAGACAAGCAAAUUCCCAAUGAAAGCAAUGAAGAGGAGUUACAGGAUGAGAAUCAAAUUCCCAAUGAAAAGAAUGAAGAGGACAUGCAAGACACAGAAGUUGGAGAUGCUCAGAAAGAUGUUGAACAAGAUUUACCUGUUUCUCAUUUUCUGAUGAAUCUAAUAUUGGGAAAAAAGAAUGCUGAUGCAGAUGAAAAUUCAGAAUCUGAGGCUGAAAGGAAGGAAGGAGAAACCACAGAAGGUGACAAGUGCGUGGUCAUUUCUAAACAAGAAGAAAACAUGGGGUCACUUUCCACAGAAAAUAAGGUGGAUGAUGAUCUCACCUUUGAACAAGAAAAACAUGAUGUCAAAUGCUCCGAAGAAACACAGGAAAUGGUCAAAGGACAGAUUGACAAUCUUAAGCUGGACACUGAAAUAUCAACACAGACUGAUGACGAGUUCAAUAAGAACACUCGUGAUUUGGAGAUACCAGCAUACCAAGGUACUACCCAAGACAAAAUUUCUGGUGAACUGUUAUCAGAAGAAGCAGCUAGCGUUUCUACAAAAAUGGAAACUAGAGAUAUUGAGAUUUUUAACCUUGAGCUCGAUGACAAAGGAGUUGAUACUGUCUGUCAGGAAAACACAGAGGUGUCAGAAAAAAUUGAAAAUGAAAGCUUGAAUAGCAACAUAAAUGAUUUAACAAAUAUAGAGGCUUCUGAAAAGGAUACUCUAGGGGAAGGACAAACAGGACUCUUGCAUGACUCUUUACCUGAAGAUAAAAGUGCUAAUGCAGUGGCCGAGCAAACACCCUUGUUGACAGAAUCAGGUAUGAUUGAUGCAAAAGAUUUUUCAUGUGAUGCUGAGGCUGUCCAGAACCUUGCCUGUGAAAAAGAAGAUGAGACCACUGAAUCUUCCACCAUGGAGGCCACAAGUACUUCUCAUAUUCAACUGGAGUGUGAAGAAGUAGAGAAGAAAGAAGAGGAGCAGCAUGCAAGCAUAGACACAGACAAAGUUUCUGAAGAAGCUGUAGAAACUUCAAAUGACAGUCCUCAGAAAAGCACAAGGUCUGAAGUAACACCUGAUGAGCAGGCACCUCAAAUAACGGAACCAGUUACCGACACUGAGAAGAUUUUGGCUCAUGAAAAGGAAAUUUAUGAAGGCUCAACAUGCAUGGAUGAGAAAGAAAACUCUAACUUCUCAAUUAAAGGAGUAGAAAACUUUCAAACAGCAUUUGAAAUUCAGGCUGACAGUCCAAACAUGCAGAUCAACCAAGAUAAGAAAGAUGAAAUUGCUGACAACGAAACUGCAAUGGGGCCAGAAAAACUAGGGGAAUCUGAAUUUCAGGAGCACCAGGAAACUGGUACUGAGCAAAAGUCUCCUAAAGCAAGUGAUGAAGGAGACCAGCAAUUUUUGGUCGAAAAAGAGACCAUGAACAAAGAACAGAUGGUGCCCGGAACAGUUGAAAGCCAUGAGCAAACAGUGAGCGUAAAAUCCAAUGAAGAGCAAGAACUGGUUGUCUCAAAGGUCCAGGAAUGUGAUUUCAAUGUGGUUUCACCCAGAGAAGCUUCUGAGGCUGAAGAAAACUUUGUGGACGUAACCAAGACAGAAUUCAACACAGAUGAAGACCAAAGUCCAAAGGCUGAUGCAGAAGAGAAGGCUUAUAACGAGAAGAUAAAGAACAUAGAGGGAACUAAGAAUUUCACUGAUGAAGCAGAAGUGAAAACUGAAGCACCAAGAGCAACACAGAAGGCACAUAAAAAACUCAGCCUAUUGUCUGGCGUUGGUUCAAAGGUAAAGGCCGUAAAGCAGCAACUAGCAAAGGUGAAGAAAGCCAUUGUACGUAAGCCUGGGAACACAAAACCAGACUCACCAAAGUCAUAGAGCUCCAUUCACCUUAGAACAUCUAUACUAUUGUAAUGUUUGUACUUUGUGAGCUAUUUAUUUGAGUGGUAGAAUGUUCGCUAUGGGACAGGAGAAGCUCCUCUUCACACCCAUUGCGUUGAAACUCCUGUGAUGCUAAAGACAUUUGUAAAUAUGCCAUAGUGUGUAAAUCUUUGAGGUAGAAUCAAGGACAUGGACCUGGUGGAUUGCUUGUAUUCUUUAUUGAUAUGCACAUGCAUUUUGUGGUCA